GCGCGGGGCCGGGCCCGGGGCCGCUGACAGCCGCCGCCGCGCCAUGUACGCCAAGGGCAAGGGCUCCGGCGUGCCCUCGGACGGCCAGGCCCGCGAGAAGUUGGCGCUUUACGUCUACGAGUACCUGCUGCACGUGGGGGCCCAGAAAUCCGCCCAGACCUUCUUGUCGGAGAUCCGAUGGGAGAAGAACAUCACGCUGGGGGAGCCCCCCGGCUUCCUGCACUCCUGGUGGUGCGUUUUUUGGGAUCUGUACUGUGCCGCUCCGGACCGCCGGGAGACCUGCGAGCAUUCCAGCGAGGCCAAAGCCUUCCAUGACUACAGCGCGGCCGCAGCGCCCAGCCCGGUGAUGGGGAACCUGCCCCCCGGGGAUGCCAUGGCCGGGGGUCCCGUGCCCCCCGCCUUCUUCCAGGUACCGAGCCCUGCGUGUCCCUGGCGUGUGCGCACACCUGAGCCCCGCGGGCAUCCUGGUAUGGGGGGCCCGAUGCAGCGCAUGAACCCCCCCCGAGGCAUGGCCGGGAUGGGGCCACAGAGCUAUGGCAGUGGGAUGCGCCCACCCCCCAGCUCGCUGGCCGGCCCUGGAAUGCCCACCAUGAACAUGGGUCCUGGUGGCCGCGGGCCCUGGCCCAACCCCAACGCCAACUCUAUCGCCUACUCCUCCUCAUCCCCUGGGAAUUACGUGGGCCCUCCUGGGGGCGGUGGCCCCCCCGGAACCCCCAUCCUGCCCAGCCCCGGAGACUCCACCAACUCCAGUGAGAACAUGUACACCAUGAUGAACCCCAUCGGACCCGCGGGGAACCGGCCCAACUUCCCGAUGGGGCCCGGACCCGAGGGGCCCAUGGGCGGGAUGAGCGCGAUGGAGCCGCACCACAUGAACGGAUCCUUAGGCUCCGGGGACAUGGAUGGGCUGCCAAAGAGCUCCCCCAGUAAUUUGGGGGCCCUGAGCAACCCCCCCGGGACCCCUCGUGACGACGCCGAGCUGAGCAGCAAUUUCCUAAAUCCCUUCCAAAGCGACAGCGUAAGGGACCCGGCGGGGACCCCCGCGGACCCCCGGGGGGGCAGGAGGAGAGGGCGGGGGGCCCGGGGGGGCCGGGGACGGGGGGGUUCAGCGAACAAAUCCCACUGGCGACCCCCCGAAAUUGUGUCAGCAUCACCAGCGGCGGCGGCGACGGCGGCGACAGCGACAGCGGUGGGGUCGCCUUGGCCGAGCGAGGUGUGA